GCUAUGACUGAGAAUGUGAGAAUUGAAAACUCUCUCUCUCUCUUACUCUUGCGGAGUGAGAAAAAAUUGCAUAACUCCAAAACUCCAACUCCCCCUCCAUUAACAGGUUUGGCGCAGCCCAGUUUGUGGGUUUCUGAUCAACGGCUUUUAUUUAUUCCCGUUUCCUAUUUUGCUUUGGCUUCCUUUAUUUUGAUUAGUUCGUUGGGUUGGAUGAUUAUGUAGUGUUAAAUCUGGAAGUGGGAAUUUACUGUAGGAUCUGAUGAAGAAUUUAGGUUUUUAGGUCGGAAUUCUGCAUUGAUGAAUCGAUUUAUGCUGUAUCAUUUAGCGACUAGCUCUAUUACCAGUUUUUUGAUGCGUGUAGUUUAUCUUGACUGGUGUGACAAAGAGCAUAAACAACGGCGGGAAGCUUUGGCAGCGAGCUGUAUUCGAAUUGCUCGAUCAAUUGUCCAUGAGAGAUCUCAGAAUUCAUGGACAUUUGAUGCUCUCGCAACUUCAUAGACCUUAUGGGUUGAACAAAAUGGGAGGUUUUGAUGCAUUUUCAGGUUAUCGGAGGAUGCAAAUCAUGCACAAAACUACCGUUGGAAGAAAACCAAAGAAGAAAAUAUACCACAGGGUGCAUGAACUUGACAGAGUGAUGGAACUUCAAAAGAAACCAGCAUUGAUUCUGCAGCUGAAGUCCAUUAUCCAAUCCCAGAAAACAGAGUCUCUUCUGCUUAGGGACCUUGAGAAAGAAGUUGGAUUUGUGCAGAAAUGGAAUUACAUGGCUGUUAUUGACAAAUACCCUUCCAUUUUUCGUGUGAUCGGUGGCCAAAUUGACAAAUCACCGCCGGCAGUUGCUCUGAGUGAAAAGGCUAAAAGGAUUGCAGCUUUGGAGUCUGAGGCGAUGGAGCAGAUGGUACCCAUUUUAGUUAAGAAUUUAAGGAAGCUGUUGAUGUUGUCUGUCGAUUGUAGGUUACCUUUAGAAACCAUUGAGUUGAUGGCUAGUGAAUUGGGAUUGCCUAAUGACUUCAAGAACUCAUUGAUUCUGAAGUACCCUCAGUAUUUCAGAUUGAAUGAGUUCAAUGGGAGAGAAUAUCUGCAUUUGGAGAACUGGGAUUCUUCCCUAGCAGUAACUGCCCGUGAGGAGAGGCUGGGGACUUUUAUCUCCAGUGGGCAGUCACAGAGGGCUAAGAUAUCAAAAGACGGCAACUUUUCAGGUCCUUUUGCAUUUAAGUUGAAAUUUCCUGCUGGCUUUAGGCCGAACAUGAGUUAUCUCGAGGAAGUUCAUAGGUGGCAGAAAAUGGACUUCCCUUCUCCAUACUUGAAUGCAAGGAGGUUCGAAGCAGCAGAUCGAAAAGCUAGGAAAAGGGCAGUGGCAGUGCUUCAUGAGCUCCUGAGUCUGACUAUGGAGAAGAGAUUGACAUCUGCUCAGCUGGAUGCAUUCCAUUCGGAAUAUCGCUUACCAGCUCGACUAUUGCUUUGCUUAAUAAAGCAUCAAGGCAUCUUUUACAUCACUAACAAAGGUGUAAAGAGCACCGUAAUCCUGAAGGAGGCCUAUGAGGGCUCAAACUUAAUUCAUAAAUGCCCCCUCCUGGAAUUCAGAGACAAAUUUCUGGCCAUAAUGGGCAGGAAAGAUGGCAGUUCAUGUGCUGGGGGAUCAACUUCUGUUGUAAAUUGACAAGUAACUCAUGAGAGUCCUAAGCAUGGUUUGAUUUCCUAUGUGAUUUAUCUGCCACUCCUGUUCUGGACGUCUGGAUGAGCGCCAAUGAAUUUGGGUUCAAAUGGGGAGAUGAACAUAACCUGUGGCUGAUUGAAUGCAAACAU